CCAAAAAGUGUUGUCAUAAGAAAGAAAGGCUGAAUUUGGAGAAGAGUUCCCUCCACUUUGUAUUUGGCACCUCUGUGAGGCCAAGUCUUAACUCUGCCCGGGAAGUUCACACGUGGAGCCUGGAAGCCUAUUCUCCUCUCUUCUAUACCAAGCCAAAACUUCCAAAACCAAAACUCCGAAACUCCUUUCCUUCCCCGCAACUUCUUCUUGGUCAACGUCACAACUCCACCGCUCUUUCACUCUCUCCCGCCUCGUUACGCGUCGGAAUAUGGCUUCUCCUUCUCAAACCUCAAUCCCUGCUACUACCAGAACCGUUACCAUUUCAUACUCUGACCUCCAGGAUAAGAGUAUGGAUUUGUCAGAGAAGAUCGAGGAAGGGUUCGGGCCAAGCGGGCUAGGAAUUUUGUCCGUAACAGAUGUUCCAGGGUAUUCUACAUUGAGGCGAAAUCUUCUACUUCUUUCUCCUCGCUUAGCCAACCUGCCUAAAGAAGUGAAAAUGGAACUUGAAGAUCCUCAUAGUAGGUACAAUUUCGGAUGGAGUCAUGGGAAAGAGAAGCUUGAAUCUGGGAAGCUUGAUAUGCUUAAAGGCUCUUUCUAUGCUAAUCCGAUCUUGGACACACCAACAACAGAUGCAUAUCUAAUUGAAAGAUACCCAUCAUACUGUGGAUCAAAUAUAUGGCCAGAUGCUGCUUUGCCGGAACUUGAAAUAGCCUUUAAAGCUCUUGGCCAGAUGAUGCAUGAUGUCGGACUUAUGUUGGCUCAUCACUGCGACCACUAUGUAUCCAGAGUGAUGAAAAUGGACGAGGAUGAAGGCCUUGAAAAAAUUCUUCGUCGUUCUCGGUGUCCUAAAGGACGUCUACUUUAUUAUUUUCCAACAGAACAAAGUAACGAUAACAUCUCCAUGUCAUCUUGGUGUGGGUGGCAUACAGACCAUGGUUCACUGACAGGUCUGGCCUGUGGUAUGUUUAUGAGGGAUGCGGUCGAAGUACCUUGCCCUGAUAGUGCUGCUGGUCUUUAUGUUAGAACAAGAACUGAUCAAAUUGUCAAAGUUGUCUAUGGAGAAGACGAAAUAGCAUACCAAAUUGGUGAAACCGCCGAAAUACUUUCAAGUGGUUAUCUUUGUGCAACACCCCACUGCGUUCGGGCACCCAGAGGACAAGAAGCUUCUCGUCUUGAGCGGUCAACAUUUGCAUUAUUUAUGCAGCCUGACUGGGAAGAAAAACUAAAAUUUCCUGAGGAAGUGCAUAUUCAUAAGGAGUUGAUUUCAUCAAGUGGUCCGCUUACAUUCGGAGAGUACACAGAGAAGCUUCUUGACAAAUAUUACCACCUCAGAACAUAGAACACUGUUUUCUUCAUUCUUCUCCGACUGGUUUGUGUAUAGACUGAAAUAUGUAAGUUACGGCUAAAAUCUACUUUGCUAUUCUCUUGGGAAUCACCUUUUAAUUGCAUAUUGGCUUAUUAAACUACUUCCCAUCCUUUUCACAUGUUACAAGAGAGAUGUUAUUGGUUUUAUGGGAUCAAAGCAAUUAGUUAGUAGAUGAGUCUAAACUAUUAGCUACCUAAAAGCUCAUAGUAGCAGUACACUUUUUUGUAUAUUUCAUUUAAUACAAAUGAAUUAACAGUAUCACGUAAAAGGGAAAACACAGACUCAGACUCCAAAUCCAUCUGCCACGUCAUUGAUGAUUUGGUGGUCUUUUCUGUUAGCCGACUAUUUGCUUAACGUUUUGUUAAGGAGAUAGUGACAAGACGACACGAGAGAAGUCGGCAUUAAAUUGUCCGAUAUGUAUAAAUCAUCUUGUUACGGUAUUAUCAACAAAAUAUCGUAUGUUAAGCCUAACAAACGGACUUAACGUUAACAUUACGAUAUUUUGAUAUUGUCCCGAGAAGAAAAUUUGAGAAUUUGCCGCCAGCAGCAUAGAAAAGGUGUUAACGGAUAAAGGAAAGGAAAACGUGUGCAAAUAAGGACAAAAAGGGUAAAAUAUUUAAUGGUGCCACGUGGAAAUGCGUGGUAUGGGAUAGAAGGGGGCUGGACUUGGCUACGUUGUGUCCCCACACGGAUUCCUCUGCUCUCAAAUGUCCUCGUCAUCUGUUUUGGAUCAUUGGCCACAAAACCCACACUCUCUUUUUGACCAUCUUUGACUCUUUUUUUGUACUGCUACUUUAUUACACACCAUACCACCACACCAGCCUUCUCUUUCUUUUCAUAAAUAUUUUUCUUUACUAAAUUAAAAAAUAUUACAUAGUCAAUUCCUGAAUCCCAAUAGUUACAUGUUACAACAAGGUGGGCAUUUAUACUUUAUAGGUCAUUGGACGACAAUAAAUUUUUUAUAUCAAUUCAGGUAGAUUCACCUUCGAUGAAAGGGAAACCAGAGAAGGCUUACUUGAUAAUGUUGUGCAUUUUAAAAAAAAUUAAGAAAGUAAUAUUUUAAUCACAAAAAUACAAGUUAAAUUUUUAUUUUUCAAAAAUAAAAAAUACAUUCUAUAACUAUUUUUAUUUUUUAUUUUUUAUUUUUAAAAAUAAAAAAUAAAAAAAUAUUUUGUAAAGUUUAUUUUCAUAUUUAUUUUUUAAUUUUAUUUAAAUCGAUUUAGAUUCGGGUUCGAAUUCGAUUCUGGUUAGAGGCUAGGUGUGGUGCUAAGGCCGGGAUCAGGUUUGGGUCUAGUUAAAACUUAAAAUAUUGAUUAAAAAAAACUGUUUAAAAAAAUAUUAAAAGUAUUUUUUUUUGAAAAUUUUAAUUCUUAAUUAAAAAAUUAAAAAGUGAAAUCAGUUUUAUAGAAUAUUAUUUUAAUUUUUUUUAAUUUUAAAAAUAAAAAAUUAAUUAAAAAAAUAUUACCAAUUAUAAUACAUAUGGCUAAAAUUGACUGAAGCGUUAUUAUUAUUAUUAUUAUUAUGUAUUUAAAUGUAUAUAUUGCAACAUAAGGAAACUUCCUAAGUCGUCCCACGUGCUUGGUUUGUUGUUAUAUAAAAAGAUCAAAUUGCAUACUCGUCAUUGCUCUUAUUAAAGUAUUAAUUCAUGAAUAUUUAAUGCAAGGAAAGUACAAGUCAAUUUCCUCUUGGAUAAAUAAUAUAUUUUAUGUCGACUGAAAUUAAACAAUAUUAUCAUAUCAUAUUAGUGCUAAUCCUAUACAAAUCAUUUUAAAGCCGCAAAAUUCUUUCCCUUUGUAGUCAACUACACUUUUUAAACCGUUUCUCUUUAAAUAUUUACAGAUUCGCAAAGUGACACUUAUUUUAGAUGACUAAUUAUAGACUUAACUAUUAUUUAUACAUUUAACUUCACAUUAUAAUGUGAUAUUUAUAUAUAAAAUUAAAAUUGAUGUGGCCUUUAUUUGAAAAUAUUCAUGAUUGGUAGGCAUGAUGUAGUUUGAAUCACCUCAAUAAAAAAUUCAUAAUUAAAUUUAAUUACACAUCAUGAUAUAUACUUUAGGUAUGUAAAUUAAGAAUUUAUAUAUCAUUACUUAUUUUAUAUGCAUAGAAGUAUGUGAAGUCUGCCCAAAUUUAUACUCUUUUCAUCUACUUGAUAUUUCUUUUUUUCUUAUCUGAAAAUGGAAUUAAAAACAAAAUUCUUCUCCCCUGGUUCUGUGCUGAGAUAGGAGUGAGAAAAUUCUAUAAAUGAGUUAGGUUUAGUAUUAAAUAAAAGGUCCUUAUUUGCGUGCAAAAGUUGAUUUCUAUAAUUCUAUUGUAAAAUAUCAAUUCCAAAAAAGUGGGGUCCCCAUGUUUUUGAGCAGAGAUAAGGAAGACAUUGAUUCUUUCCUGGUCUAUAUAAGAGAGAAACAACCCCCACAACCAAAACUAGCUCUGUUUAUUCACAGUUCACAUUCUCCAACUCCAUAAUCCCAUACCUACCCAAUAUUCUCUACCUUACAAAUAUGACAUCUUCCUACUACUUGAGCUCAGCCUCAUCGGGAACUCGCCGGAAAAGUAGCCGGAAAACUGGUCUGAGAAAGCGGUGUUUGUUAAUGGUGAAGCAACAGAAGACCCGAUUUUACAUCCUUGGACGCUGCGUUUCGAUGCUACUUUGCUGGCACGAUCACUCCAUAUCAGAUUAGCUUAAAUCCUUAAUUCUAAGCCUAUAGCUAAAGCUGACUAUAUUGUCUCAUUGGGGAUUCCAUGGGAGGUAAUAGGAGUAGGAGAUGAGCUUUCUUUUGGGAUCAAAGAUUAGAUUUCUUCCGGCAUAGAAAACAGAGAAGCAUAUAACGUUUGUAUGUAUAUAUAUAUUGGAUCUUUGUUACUCUGUAAUAUAGAUGAGUUUCUUUUUGGUGGUUGAGAAACUAUUACUAGCUAGUAUUAUGUAAUUCAGUUCCUUUACAAUAGGAUCAAUCCAUGUACAUACAAAAUUUCUAGUUAUUCAAUUUAAAGAACGAGAAAUUGAAAUUCA